GCUACCUGCCAGACUAAACCCAGGGGUUGUUGGUACUCUGCUGACGUUGACUCCGGAGGAGCUUCCGUGUUGCGGAAGAUGGCUGACACCGGAGCGCUAGCAGCCCAAAGAUGCGGCUCUGGUUCUUUGUCGUCUGUGAGCAUGGAGACCAUCUCCGGGCUAACGGAGCUGGAGGAUCUGGAGCGGGUUUACCAGCAGCUCUGUUCGGAGGAGAAAGAGGCGGAGGCUGAGCUGGACAGGCUGGUGGGACAAGAGGGGAGCAUUCACACUAAGAUGCUGGCACUGCAGAGGAUGGGACCCAAUCUACAACUGAUUGGAGGAGACGCCAGUCAACUGUCAGGCAUGAUCACGUUCACAUGCAGUCUGGCUGAAAAUGUUAGCCAGAAAGUUAGACAGCUAGACCUGGCCAAAACACGGCUCUAUAAUGUCAUCCAGCGCGCUGACGAUAUCCUGGACCUGAAGUUCUGCACUGAUGGCGUACAGACAGCGCUGCGUAAUGAAGAUUAUGAACAGGCUGCAGCGCACAUCCAUCGAUACCUGUCUCUGGACCAAUCAGUGAUUGAGUUGAGCCGUCAGGGAGAAGAAAGCAGUGCUGUGGACGCCAGUCUGGUGAUGCUGCAGGAGGCAGAACAGAAGCUGAAGGUCAUUGUCGCAGAGAAGCUUGACGAGGCCGUAGCAGCCGUCGACUUGGCUCAAGUGGAGAGGUUCUUCAAGAUCUUCCCUCUUCUGGGCCUCCAUCAGCAGGGUCUUGCCCGUUUUGGUCAAUACCUAUGCAGUCAGCUCGCCUCCAAAGCUGAGGAAAACCUGCUGUUGGCGACAGGAGGCGAUCUGGGUGAGAAGAGAGCUUUGCUGAUAUUUGCAGACACUUUGACACUGCUGCUGGAAGGUAUUGCUCGUGUUGUUGAAACUCAUCAGCCCAUAGUGGAGACCUAUUAUGGUCCGGGCCAUUUGUACACUCUUAUCACUCACCUACAGCAGGAAUGUGACCGCCAGGCCCAGAAAAUCGUCGACAAGUUUGCCCAGCAGAGAGGAUACCACAGCAAGUUUCAGAUUGUCCAGAGCAGCAUGAUGAAGAGCAUCCCGGGGGAGAGGAUUGAGCCAAGGGAACUGGACCCCGUACUGGCAGAAGUAACCCUGAUGAAUGCCCGGGCAGAGCUGUACCUGCGCUUCCUGCGCCGCCGCAUAAUGGCCGACUUUGAAGUUGGAGAUGAUCAGAGCAUCACACAGGAGCACCAGCAGAAUGUGGAGAAGCUAAUCAAAGACUGUUUACUGAGCACGAUGAUUCAGGAGCUGAUUGGAUACUACAUCCCAAUGGAGGAAUACUACAUGAGAGAGUCUGUCAACAAGGCUGUUACCAUGGAUACAUACGAGAAGGGUCAGCUGACCAGCAGCAUGGUGGACGACUGCUUCUACAUCGUUAAAAAGUGCAUCAGCAGAGCGUUGUCGAGCUCCAGCAUCGACUGCCUCUGUGCCAUGAUCAACCACGCCAACUCGUUGCUGGAGUCAGACUUCAGAGAGGUGCUGUACAACAAGCUGCGACAGGGCUUCCCAGCUACCACACUUCAGGACAUCCAGCGGGGUGUCAGCAGUGCGGUCAGCCUGAUGCAGAGCAGCUUGCAGCAGGGCAAGUUCAACACGAUGGGCAUUGAGAGCAAUGAAAACGCAAAGGCUGCAUUUCUGGUCACUCUGAAUAAUGUGGAGGUGUGCAGUGAGAAUAUCACAACUCUAAAGAGGAACCUGGAGAACGACUGCUCCAAGCUGUUUAAUCAGGGGGUCGGAUCUGGUGAAAAAGCCAAGAUCGACAGUUGUCUGUCCGACCUCGUCAACACUUCUGCAAAGUUCAAGGAUCUGUUACAGGAGGGUCUAACAGAGUUGAACACAACAGCUGUGAAGCCUCAAAUCAAACCCUGGAUCAGCAGCUUUUUAUCCAUCUCCCACAACAUAGAGGAGGAAGAGUUUAAUGACUAUGAAGCUAACGACCCCUGGGUGCAGCAGCUCAUCAUUAACCUGGAGCAGCUCAUGGCAGAGUUUAAGGUGGCCCUCUCUCCUGUCAUCUACGACACUCUGACCAGCCUGAUGACCAGCUUAAUUUCUGUUGAACUGGAGAAGACUGUGCUCAAAUGCUCAUUUAGCAGGCUCGGAGGGCUGCAGUUUGAUAAAGAGCUUCGGUCUCUGGUGGCGUACCUCACCACUGUCACAACCUGGACCAUCAGAGACAAGUUCGCUCGCCUUACACAGAUGGCAACCAUCCUCAACCUGGAGCGGGUGACAGAGAUCUUGGACUACUGGGGUCCUAACUCAGGCCCGCUGACUUGGCGGCUGACCCCCGCUGAGGUGCGUCAGGUUCUUGCAUUGCGGAUCGACUUCAGAAGCGAAGAUAUCAAGAGGCUGCGACUCUAGAUCAAGAGCUAGUGGCUGUGGACGAUGGUGAAGCACGACCCACCUGAUGCACAUGAAAAAAAAAAAAAACCUCCAGACCAACAGAUGUGUGCAUGAAAGAAAACAAAUGCCCUGUUUGUUCCUCUGUGCUGUUUUGUGCUGUUUGCCCAGCUGAUCCCAGUCUCCAUCAGUUCCAGCUGAGCUUCAAGAGACACGGGGUUUCACAGCAGUGAUGGCGAACAUUUUAAUCCUAAUUAACUGUAAAAUAUGUAAUUAAAAUCAUCAAUGUGUGACUGUA